AUGCAGACAGAUGACUGCUCGCUUGUGCUGCAACCAUCCCAGCCAGACCUGGUCAUCCAUGUAGGAAAGGUGACCCUUGGUAAAGAGUACAGGCAAAAGCUGCAGACAACUCAGAAGAAUAAAGAGAAGAAGAAAGUUGAGCGGGCUGCGUGUGCUCUGUUAAACUCAGGAGGAGGAGUGAUUCAGAUGGAAAUAGCAAACGAGGCUGACCAUCCUCUGGAGCUGGGCUUGGACUUGCAGCAGGCCUUGAGAGAGCUGAUUCCAUCUUCAGAUGUUCUUCAGGAUUUCUUUGAGACCCGGCAACAAGGAAGGUUUUUCCACAUUUUUGUUAAGUCUUGGAGCAGGGGUGCUUUGCCUGAAGACAAUUGCACCAAGCCCUGCAUUUGCAGCGUGAGUUCUUCCCUGUACCGCAGAUCUGGUACCUCUAAGCAGUGUCAGGAAUCAAGGCAGGCAUACGAUUUCCUGAAGACUAAGAAAAGGAAUGCACAAAAUACUCUGAUUAAAGAACUGAAACCUAACAAAUUCCUCAGAGUUAUGCAUCAGGACAUCAUGGAAUCAAAUCCUGCUUUCCAAGUUUUCAAAAGCAAGGAGCUUGCCUAUGGUCACAUCCUGUCUUUUCCCGAGUCUCAUUCUGUAGAGUUUAAACAAUUCUCCACAAAAAAUAUCCAAGAAUAUGUAAAACGAGUAACUCAAGAGUACAUCCCUGCCUUUGCCAACACCGGAGGGGGCUAUCUUUUUAUUGGAGUGGAUGAUAAGAGUAGGCAAGUCCUGGGAUGCACGAAAGAAAAUGUUGACCCCGACUCUCUGCAAAGAGUGAUAGCACAAGCCAUUUCCAAGUUAAAAAUCUUCCACUUUUGCUCCACUGAUGCACAAGUGUCCUAUGAGAUCAAAGUCAUUGAUGUGUAUAAAAAGGAAGCCUUAUGUGGUUACCUCGUUGCGGUCAAAGUCGAGCCAUUCUGCUGUGUGGUGUUUUUGAAAGACCCUGUUUCAUGGAAGGUGAAUGAGCAGCAGGAAAUCGUCAGACUGAGUAUGAAUGAAUGGGUAGCAAAGAUGGUGGACACGGGUCCAGAUUUGGCUGAAGCUUUUGAAUCUCAGCUGACUCUAUCUGACAAUCCUGAAUACUACAGAGAACUUGUGGACCACAAAGCCCAUCUCCAACAGCAUUUAUUUCUAGUGUCACCAGGACGUUGGCGGUAUACUCCUGCAUCUCUCUGGAUGGAGCUGUCCUCACAGCACAAAGGAUUGGAGGAGUUAAUGACCAUGGGUGGCUACACUGGGAAGCUGUGUGUCAUGACCAAGGUCCUCUGCCUGAGUCCCGAAAUCAAUGCAGUGUCCCUGGAGAUGUCCAGCUCUCAGAUUCAUUAUCCCUGGUCCUAUAACCUUGUAGGCACCCAGCAAAUGGAAUCCUUCCUGCAGGCCCUUGUGGUGGUCUUACUAGGCUUCAGAUCUUUGACCCGCUGGUUUGGGACAAUAAUCUAUGUGACAGACACCUGAAAGUCUCCCUUUCAAAGAGGUUAUUCAUCCAAAGAUGUUGCUGUGCUUGUCAGUACUGCAAGUAAAGUGGACAUGAAUAGCACAAUAAUGACAUAG